GCUAGGUCGAUUUGUUCCGGAUCCGCCAUUACAGUCACGGCUGUCACGCCAGCCUCGGCUUCCGAAUCCUCCGCCUCCUCCUCACCAGCCACAGCCGCCACAGCAGCAGCCGCAGCUGCUACAGCUGCCGCCUCGGCCAGUCCGAGCUGCUUCGCCGCCGAUUCCGAAUCCGACUCCUCCAUUUCCCGAAAUGCUACCGAUCUGAUCCGAGGCCCAGCUCCUUCCGAAGGAGGACGAAUGACAGGCAACGAAGACGAACUCAAAUUCCACUGUAGAAGGCAAUCCCCGAAUAUAACCGAAGGUACUUUCCGAACAAGUGCGAAUGGUGACCUUCCAGGUAAACUCGAAGCUAGCACCGGAAUUUCACGAUAUAUGAACUUCCUGUUUAUCGAGUGAAGCGCUAGUGCCCAAUAGGCAUGCAGAUCUGUUCUGGAAAAGGUGGAUGUGAAAGUUUUUAGAAGAUAAAAUUUUAAUUUGGCAUGAUAUAUUUUUAUUGCAACUGGUAAAGUUAUUUAAAAGUAAAGCAAAGCUGAGUGCUCCACGUGAUAUAUUCAAUGAAACAGAGCUAAAUGUAUAGUAUACAAUAUGCAAACAAUGCCAAAAGGGAAGAUAUAGUCACCUUGGCAACAAGGACGCUAAAUUGGAGGAGGUCCUAAAAAUGAUUGGAUAAGCGAAGUUCUGGAAGACAAUUUGGAAGAAUGGCGGUAAUAAAACGAGGGCACUCUACUGAUGUUAUAUCAUCAUCUGUUCCUCUUCAGAUUCUGUUUUACCUAAACAUGUUUUACUAUAUAUUUUACUUUUUAGCUACACUUCUUAUGAUUAUAUAUAAAAGUACUGUCUUCAGUUACCCUGAUAGUAAUCUUGCAGUGGAUCUGGCUCUUCUGUUUAUUAUGGUAUUGCUUGAAGUAAUUAGGUUAUAUAUGGGUGUAAGUGGUAACCUUACUGAAGAUAAAACUGCACUUGCUGCCAGCUUAAUCCUUUCUUUUGGAAGUAUCAUCUUGUCAGUUUAUUUCCUAGUGUGGCAAACCUAUGUGCUGUGGGCAGAUGAGAUCAUCAGCAUUAUCCUCCUUGUCUUCUACAGUCUAGAGGACCUUCUAAAGUUUGCAGCUAUUGCUUCCUUUGCCAGUCCAUCCACUUCUAUUGACAGGACUGACACCUGCAGGUGA